AUGAACCGUCACCUCCGUCCUGAAAAAUUCGACACGGAUUUGAACGCUCCUGACGAUUCAAAACAAUGGACCUAUUGGAUUCGAACGUUCAACGCCUUGUUGAAACGUGUCCAGGCUGAAGAUUCAGAUAAGCUAGAGAUAUUGAUUAAAUUCUUAUCGCUGACUGUCUAUGAACACGUAUCAGAUUGUAAUACCUUCGACGACGCUAUAUCUACACUUCAAUCUUUGUACGUACGUCAUAGGUAUUUAAUUUUCGUUCGACACCUCCUUGCGACCUGUAAACAAGAAUGUGGACAGAAGGUGAAUCAGUUCGUCCAAAAGAUCAAAACCAUUUCGAAGGACUGUGACUUUCGUUCUGUAUCUGCCGAAGAACACCGUGAUGACGCUAUGCUUGACGCUUUUAUUACCGGAUUACUGUCCAAUAACAUUCGAACGCGGCUUUUAGCCCAAGUGUCUCUCAACUUUCAAACCGCAUACGACAUGGCGAGGUCGUUAGAAUCUGCUCAACAACAGUCUCGAUCAUAUGGCUCCGAAAAUCUGCCUUGUGCCUCAUCAGCUUCGACAUCGUCGCCUGCACCUCCUGUUUCUACUGUGAUGGUUGAAUCUGAGCCGGUUCUAUCCGCUACGUCCAAAGAAACGUGCUACUUUUGUGGCUACUCGAAGCAUCCACGAACGAAGUGUCUUGCCAGAGACGCUACUUGCAAAGCAUGUGGGAAAACGGGACAUUUUAAACCUGUUUGCCGAUCGACAUCAACCAAUCGGGCUGUUACUUCGGCCAUUGGACCCCUUCUAUCUUCCGCUUUAACGAUCUCUGCUCCCACCUGCUGA